AUGAUCCAGGGUGCCUUAGAACCUGGUGGCCCCGGCUGGGGCUGGGACGGGGACGGGGACGAUGACUGGGACAGUGCUGUGCUCACCCUGUUGGCGCUGGCUGUCGUGGCUGCCACGGCCCUGGCCCUGCACUGGUUUGGCUCUGGGCAGGACCAGGAGGCAGCAGGACCAGCAUCCACCGGCCCCAGUGCCCAGCCUUCUCAGGCGGGAGGAGCUGGGCCAGCCCUGACCCCAAAGUCCAAGGUCAGUGGUGGCAUCGAGGGACACAGCUCCGGGCAGAGGAAGCCAGAGCCUCCAGGACCUAGCCAGGCGAGUCCAGCUACAGCAAGUGCCCAGGACCACCAGCCCCACGGAAGUGAAGAUCUGACUGCCACGGCCGCAGCUCCACCCAAGACACCCAGCGAGGCGGCCAGUGGAGGGGCCUUGGGACAGCAGCAUGGCAACGCCAGCCCUGAAGUCUCCCGAGGUGCAGGCAAGCAGACGCCCAGGCCGGGUGCUGCCCUCCGGGGUAGGAGCAAAGCAGGGGGGACGCCUGCCCCGCUCCUGAUACACUUCACUCCUCCGAGUCGGGACAGAGACAUGGAGGUGCAGGCGGAGGCAGGAGGCCUCGCAGCCAAGGCGCCCGCUCACCCGGCCCCGAUCCACACGGUGGAACAGGACACCGGCUCCUGGAAACACGGAGCGGGGCCGCCUGGCUCACUGGGGAGGCGGUCAGGCAGCCGGCGGUGGCAGGUGGAUGACAGCUCAGGAGAGAGAACCCGGCGCCUCCCAAAGCUGGACCCCCUGCGCCUGGGUGCGGUGGUGAGUGUGUGGGACGCUGUGGAUGCAGCCAGCACCUUCCCUGCAGGUGCCCAGAGGCCCCGCUACCGCCAUGAGCUUCCCCCACCAGACUCUGUGCAGACUGGACAUCUGACAGAUGGCUCAGAGAGGGGGUGCGGGAAGAGCAGCCCCCAGCCAGACCACGUUUUAGCUCUGGAUUCAGGGACCAAACCUGCUGCAUCCCCUGCCCCAGCUGCAUCCCCAGCCCUAGCUGCAUCCCCUGCCCCAGCUGCAUCCCCAGCCCCAGCUGCAUCCCCUGCCCCAGCUGCAUCCCCAGCCCCAGCCCCAGCCCCAGCUGCAUCCCCUGCCCCAGCUGCAUCCCCAGCCCUAGCUGCAUCCCCUGCCCCAGCUGCAUCCCCAGCCCCAGCUGCAUCCCCUGCCCCAGCUGCAUCCCCAGCCCCAGCCCCAGCCCCAGCUGCAUCCCCAGCCCCAGCCCCAGCUCCAGCCCCAGCUGCAUCCCCAGCUACAACCCCUGCCCCAGUACCAGCUGCAACCCCUGCCCCAACCCCAACCCCUACCCCAGCCCCUGCCCCAGCCCCUGCCCUAGCCCCAGCCCCUACCCCAGCCCCUACCCCAGCCCCUGCCUCAGCCCCAGGCAACCAGGAGGGGCAGAUCUCAACUAGCUGGGGAAAUCUUAUUUCAAUGGUUCUUAGGAGUCACCCCUUCCCCAGGCUAGAGAGGCCCCAAGGGACAGCCCUAAGGGCAGCUCCAGAGAGCCCUAGAGAGCCCUGCACUUCCACAGCCUCGGAGAACAGGGAGUCUGGUCCUCUCCCUGAAGGGGCCAUCCCUAGUCUCAAGGACAGGCACGGCUCCCCAGCUGGGGUGGCUACAGGGGCUGGCACAGGGGGCCUGGCUGAGGCAGGAUGUCAGCCGCAGCCCAGAAGCGCUGAGGCUAACGAGGCUGCUGUGCCCAGGGCCCCAGCUCCGCUGUCGCUGUCGGAGCAGAGGAAGCCUGGCCCUGCACCCAUUCCCUCUGCCAGGCGGGACCCACAGCCUGUCCCCAGGCCACGGAAACUCAGCGUGUGUGAACUAGCCAAGAGCUCUGAGCUGAAGGUCAGCCAGGCGGCCCCAGGAGAGGCGCCAGGGAAGAGGCCCAGCCCUGCGGGCAGCAGGGAGGUCCUCACAGAGGAGCAGAAAGAGGCCCGCAAACUCAUGGUGUUUCUGCAGAGGCCUGGGACCUGGGGGGUGGUGGAGGGGCCCCGGAGGCCCAGCUCCCCUGCCCGGGAGCCGGCUUCGGCAGCAGCUCUGCAGCGGCGGCUGGACCUGGGCAGCUGCCUGGAUGUCCUGGCCUUUGCCCAGCAGCACGGGCAGCCCGUCCUGGCCCAGGAGACCUAUGCUUUGAUGAGUGACAAUCUGCUGCACGUGCUGGGCGAUCCGAACCUCUACCGGCAGCUGAGUGCGGCCGACCGGGAGCGCAUCCUGAGCCUUCGAACUGGCAGGGGCCAGGCUGUGCUGGGGGUCCUCGUGCUGCCCAGCCUCUACCAGGUGAGCCGUUCAGGGCUCACAAGGGGCCCUCGAGUGGAAGAGGCUCCUGCCACAGGUCCUGCGCCCCUGCCUCCUCCAUCGCACCUGCAUGUGUUCAACCCCCAAGAGAACACCUGGCGGCUCCUGACCCAGGUGCCGGAGGAGGCCCCGCUGCGGGGCUGUGGCCUCUGCACCAUGCACAACUACUUGUUCCUGGCAGGGGGCAUCCGUGGCUCCGGCUCCAAGGCCAUCUGUUCCAAUGAGGUCUUCUGCUACAACCCUCUGACCAACAUCUGGAGCCAGGUGCGGCCCAUGCAGCAGGCCCGGGCCCAGCUCAAACUGGUGGCCCUGGAUGGGCUGCUCUACGCCAUCGGUGGCGAGUGCUUGUACAGCAUGGAGCGCUACGACCCCCGCACAGACACCUGGACCUCACGUGCGCCCCUCCCCGCAGGCACCUUCCCUGUGGCUCACGAGGCUGUGGCCUGCCGUGGGGACAUCUAUGUCACUGGGGGCCACCUCUUCUACCGCCUGCUCAGGUACAGCCCGGUGAAGGAUGCUUGGGAGGAGUGCCCCUACAGCGCCAGCCACCGGCGUUCCAGCGACAUGGUGGCACUGGGGGGCUUCCUGUACCGCUUUGACCUGCUGCGGGGGGUGGGUGCCGCCGUGAUGCGCUACAACACCGUGACAGGCUCCUGGAGCAGGGCCGCCCCCUUGCCCCUGCCGGACCCUGUCCCGCUGCGCUGCACCGUGCUGGGCAACACCAUCUACUGCCUCAACCACCAGGUCACGGCCACCUUCACGGUCUCCGAGGGGACGGCCCAGUUCCAGGCCAAGGAGCUGCAGCCUUUCCCCCUGGGCAGUAAAGGGGUCCUCUGUCCCUUCAUCCUGACUCUGCCCGCCUCGGACCCACUACAGACUUCCCUCUGAGCUGUGCCAGGACUGCCGUGCCCCUCUUCAGGCAGACUCUGGGCCAGGCUGUGAGGCAGGUGGGGCAGGGGAAAGGGGCUGCUCUUCUUUCUGGGACAACUUUCCUUUUCUGUUAUAAUGAGCCUCAUGUCUGGCCCUCCUUCCCCUCCUGCAAGAGCCAGGCUCCCUGUACCUGGAAGCUGGUGGCGGGCGUCCCUACCACACUCACGUGCCUCCUGCUUUAUUAUUGAGUCCUUGCUCCAGUGCCUCAGCUUGCUCUCAGGAACCCUCCUCGGGGCAAAGGACUCCCACCGGCCAGGUUCCUGUCACAGCACCAACCACACUGCCUGGAAAUAAUCUGCCAGGGACCCCGGGGUCCCCAUGAACCUGGACUUGGCUGGCUGAGGAGUCGGCAACUGCUGAGCCCAGGAAGGAGAUGGCUUCCCUAGGGCUCCCAGCUAGGCAAGAGGCCCAUGAGGGGCUGGAAGAGGGAACAGGGAACAAAUGUCUCCAGAAAAACGUUCUAGCCUCUGGGAUUUUCUGCCCGUCCUGAGGCCUUGGGGAACCUGGCUUGGCUGUUCCCAGAAACAACUCUUAGGUCCCCUUUGUCUGAAACCCUUGUCUGUGACACUGCUCUGCUGUCUGGAGCCCCUACCCAUAACCCCAGCCUAGACCAGGACUGCUGGGGCUCAUGUCCUUCUGCAGCCUUGUGGGGUCUCUCCCACCUGCUCAGCCCCUCCAUUUCCCAUCCCACCUCCCACUAACUCUCUUCUUACAUGAGACCUGGGCGCACCCCAGCUCUGCCCCUUAUUAGCUGUGGGACUUGGGCGAGACAUCUGUCUUCUCACCUGUGAAGUGGGGAUAAUGGACAUGUCACUCAGGGGAAUUCUGAGAACAUAGGUCACAUAUAUGAGCACCUGGCACAGCCCACUUUGGAACCCUCCACAGGAAGGA